UUCCGGUCCGGGUAAUGGCAAAUCUGUGAAUUACCAAUAGAUGAGAGGGUUUUUAAAAUAGUUAGUUACACCACAAUUAUUACGCCUCCCGUUCCGUUAAAUCACCGUCUAUAACCGACACGUGUCAUUAAAUCUAAUCGUCCGUAUAAGUAACUCCACACAAUCCAAAUAACGGCGCCUCCAGUUUCCCCGUUAAAGAUUCCCCGUCACUGUAACGGGACCACUUAAACACGCCAUUUCUCUAUCACAGCACAAAACUCAAUCCUGACCGUUAAAAAAACCAAAUUCAUGAUCAAUCAUCUUCUUCUUAUUUCUUCUUCUUCUUCCUCGUCCUCUCAAUCAUAUCUCUCUCUCUCUCUCUUUUCAGAGAUUUUUACUUCACGCACACGUAACCUAAAUCGAAGAUGGUGAGAAAAUGUAGAAAAGCUAAAGGAAUCGUAGAAGCUGGAGUUUCGUCAACGUAUAUGCAGCUUCGUAGCCGGAGAAUUGUUUAUGUUAGAUCGGAAAAAGCUAGCUCCGGUGAUGAUGGAGUUUUGUCGUCUUGUUGUGGAAGCAAUGAAUAUAAGAACAAUGAAUUUAUAGAUCUGGAGGAGGAAGAUAAACAUGGUGACACUGAAACGUCGACGUAUCGACGGAGUACGAAGAGGAAGCUUUUUGAAAAUCUGAGAGAGGAGGAGAAAGAAGAAUUAAGUAAAUCAAUGGAGAAUUAUUCAUCGGAAUUUGAAUCGGCGGUUAAAGAAUCGUUAGUUUGUUGUUGUAGCGGGAGAAUAACGAGGGAGGAGACUGCGACGACGGAGGAGGAGAUGGCGAAAUCGACGACUGAGAUGCCAACGGAAUCGGAAAUUGAAGAUUUUUUUGUGGAAGCUGAGAAACAGAUCAAUGAAAAAUUCACGAAGAAGUACAAUUUCGAUUUCGAGAAGGAGAAGCCAUUAGAAGGACGUUACGAAUGGGCAAACUUAGAUUGAAGAAGAAGAAGAAGAAGUUUAUGUUUUUAUUUAACUUUUUUAGAUUUUAUUUUCAGAGAAUAAGUUAAUUUUUAUUUUAUUUUGUUAAUUUCGAAAUAGAAGAUUUGUAGAAGAAUGUUUUUAGAAGUACGAAAUUGCACAGAAAAAGAAGAAAGCUUUUUAACAGAUUUAGAGCCCAGAAAAGUCGUGUCUUUUAGCUCUACUUUUACCUCUUCUUCUUCGAAUC